UACUCUUGCCGAAGGGAAAGACUCGCAAAUAUUGCUUGUUUGAGCUUUGCAAACGCCCGGAGUUAACAGACCCAACGACCUCCGUGUAUAUGUAUGUGCUGUGUACUUUUUUUUUAUUGUUUCACUUUUAUUAUUUUUAUGUACGUGGGUUAUUUUUUUUUCCACCGCCAUUGCCAUCGCGUUUGAAAGUUUUUUUUAUUCCAUACCGUUCGAAUAUCUUUCCCGCGUCUGCAUCCCUUCUCUUUGCCUACCAACAUUUUUUUCCCCAACGCAACCGUCGACCCCGAUCGGUCAGUACUCGUGGAGACGUCGCGAUACAGAGUAUAUGUGAUUAAGUUUAGGGCAAUAUAAUUGAUACAAUUUAAAAAUAAAAAAAAAAGUUUUUUUUUUCAUUGGUUUUUUGAACAAUUGUGAGGUUUAUUACGGAUUUUUUCUUUUGUAAUCAAUGUAAUGAGGAUCUAGUCUGAAGAAGAGUUUUGGGAACAUAUGUCAACAAGGGCAAAGCCGUAAGUUGCAAGAUGUCGGAUUUAGGUACAGACAAUCCAGCAUUCAGCAACGCAGAUGAAUGCUUGGAUUCCAAUACAAGCAAGAACCUCGAAAAUAGUCACACCGAAAGUGUUCAACAGGAACACAAGGACAAGUCAUCGGUUAUCAGUAACGGAAAUUCUUUCGUGUCCCAACACUACGUUGAACCAAGCCAGAAUAACUCCGAUGUUCAAUACAAGACUGAAACGAGGAUCGAAGUGCCUGGAGAAGAAGAAAAGACUUCAAAUACUGUUAAAACCAAUGGCGUUAAUGGAAAUAGUAAUAACAACGAUGUAAGCUUUCUUAACACAAGUGUUACAAGUGCUCAAAUAAAUGAUGGUAAGAAGGAGCAAAUUGAGGCCGUGAAUUUGGAGCUGGUAUCGAUGAAACCUUAUACAGGAAACAAUUUGCAGACUAAGGGUCAGGAAGCUUGCGAAUUACCAAGUGAUCCUUAUGAAGAAUAUUUCGUGCCUGUUAACGAACAUCGGAAGUAUAUCAGCAGCAGUCCAAGCGCAGAGGUCGAGACAACCGUGGCUGGUGUCCGAUUUGAUUUGGGACCGGGUGUCGGCCGCGAGGGACUUAGCCUUCGAGAUCCAACCGCUGGACUUGUCGACUACUCCCAUUGGCUCAAUGCCUUAAGAGGCGAAAAACUUUACGUUACUAAGGACAAAAGAACAAAAAGUUCUUAUUGGCGACGAAUAGUUUGUUGGACUUUUGGACUAACGGUACUAGCGCUCGCGUUAAUAAUAGCUAUUUUAGCAGCAACUGGCGUAAUUUUAACGCAAGAAGCAACGCAACCACUGGAUAAUGAUCAUCAGCGGUCACUGGAUAAUGUUAAUACUGCAGGAAGUAAAGAGUUUAUAAAGAACCCACCAGCUAGUCCUCCACCGGAAACAUCAACUUUCCCACCAUGGCAAACGACUGAUGAGAGUAUGUUAAAGACAGUACCUGAAGCGGUUGAGGGAAGUAUCUGGCUAGAUAAUCUUAUUUGGAAUGAUGACUUGAUGAAUGCCAAGUCGAGAGUUUAUCGAAGUACUGCUAUGGAGAUUGAAAACAGUUUAAGAGAUAUGAUACUUCCGGUUGGCUCGAUAACUGUUGUCAAAGUUUACAAUAUUACUAAUAGUGGUCAAGUAAUGUUUAGAAUUGGUUACCCGCCAACACCAACUCCAGAGAUGCUUCAAGAAAGUAUUGAAAAAAGGUUAAGAGAAAAUAGUAACAUGAUUGGAAAGUAUCAUCUAAGAAGACUUAAUGUCAAACGUUUGAUUGAUGAGUGUCAAUAUGGUUACUUAAAUUGUUCUGGAGUUUGUAAAUUUGAUUACAUUCAUGCCGUAUUUAAUUGUGAGGACGAUUACUUGAGUGACGUCAGCCUUGAUGCGGAUGAGCCCAAUUCAAUGUCGAACGGCGAUAUGGUUCAAGGUCGAGGGCGUAUUCCCGAUCAUCCAUUUGAGGCUGAAGAUCAUGAUCACUGGAUGGAUCAUCAUUAUCAUGAACACGAAGGAUUAGUUACCGAGCCAAAAAUUAAUCCGAUAAAUGAACCUCAAUUUGGAUCUACAGUUAAAUUAGAGACAGAUUCAAAAUCACAUUUUGAACCUGUAGCUGAACCUGCUCCUGAGCCUACGGCAGAACCAACGUCAAAAUCAACAGUAGAGUCGGAAAUUUCAGGAGAACCCUUCCCUGAGCCUGAACCCAAAUCGGUAGUUCCUGAACCUUCUGUAGUAUCGGAGUCAGAACCAGAACCAAUUGCUGAGCCUAGUCCAGAACCGGUUGCUGAGCCAACUCCAGAACCGGUUGCUGAACCUACUCCAGAACCAAUUGCUGAGCCAACUCCAGAACCAAGUGCUGAGCCUAGUCUAGAACCAAUCGCUGAGCCAACUCCAGAACCAAGUGCUGAGCCUAAUCUAGAACCAAUCGCUGAGCCAACUCCAGAACCAAGUGCUGAGCCUAGUCUAGAACCAAAUGCUGAGCCAACUCCAGAACCAAGUGCUGAGCCUAGUCUAGAACCAAUCGCUGAGCCAACUCCAGAACCAAGUGCUGAGCUUAGUCUAGAACCAAUCGCUGAGCCAACUCCAGAACCAAAUGCUGAGCCAACUCCAGAACCAAGUGCUAAGCCAACUCCAGAACCCAGUGCUAAGCCUAGCCUAGAACCAAUCGCUGAGCCCACUCUAGAACCAAGUGCUGAGCCAACUCCAGAAUCUAGUGCUAAGCCUAGUCCAGAACCAAUCACUGAACCUACUCCAGAACCAGUUAUUGAACCUAGUCCCGAACCAAUUGCUGAGCCAACUCCAGAACCAAUUGCAGAGCCGACUCCAGAACCAAUUGCUGAGCCGACUCCAGAACCAAUUGCUGAGCCGACUCCAGAACCAAUUGCUGAGCCGACUCCAGAACAAGCUGUUAAACCAACGGCAAAACCUGAAGCUAUCGCUAAAUCGACUGAAGAAUCUCAACCGAAAACCGAGCCUGUUGCUGAACCUACCACAGAACCUGAGCCUAUUGCUGAGCACAAACUUACUCUUGAUAAAUCUACAGAAGGACCCAAAGAUUCUGAACUCGAUUUCUCAAAAGUAAUCCCUGUAGAACCUGAACAAAUGGCAAAAUCCCAAUUAGGAAGCGAUAUUCUUUCUAAACGUCCAUCUGAGAUAAAAUCCGAGACUAGUUCAACACCUGUGAAUAAAUUCGAAAAAUUUGACUCUGAAGUUUCAAGAGAGCCUAACUUUGAAAUGGAAUUAUCUUCAAAGCUUACAUUAAAACCUGAUGUUUUUGAAGAUUUGACUACCAUAGAACCACUUCCAGUUAUACCUUUGUUGCCGAUAACAGAUGAUAACUCGUUACUAGAUAAUUCAAAAGAAAUUCAUGAAAUGUUGCCUACUGCAAUACCUGAAAUAAGUGACCAUCAUCGCCUUAUUGAUGAAAAAUCGUCCGAAAGUAUAAGGCCAGUCGAACUUGAAAAUGAAGACAGCACUAUGAAUUCUCCAGUAAAUUCUUCCUCAAAGGAAACUGAAUCAUCAACAAUUAUAGUAGAAAACUCAACAACUGAAGUGAAUACUCCCGAAACUCAUCAUCUGGAUUUCAUUAUAACUACUCCCGAGACAAAAAUUCAAGAGUUGAAUGAUUCUAAUACUGUCAAUCAGGUUCCUGACUCAGGAUUACCAGGUAUGCCUGAUAGUAUAAUUAAAAAUGAAAAUUCAUUAAAUGAUUCAGUAAAUAACUCAAUGCCAUCAUCUAAUGAUCCAACGAUGACCCCGCAAUCCAUUCCCGAACGAAUAGAUCCUUAUCUACUCAUUAAGCAAACUCUAGCAGCGGCUAAAUCAAAUGAACGAUUGAAUAGUUCAAUUAUUUCUUCAAAUAUUCCAUCGUCGGUAAUGCCGAAUGAAACAUCUGAAAAUUCAUCUGGAGGAUCUACAGUAGUAUAUGAGAAAACUCAUGAAGGAAUGUCACCUUUUCUACCAGAAAUAAUUUAUGAAAAAGACACAACUAAAAAGUCUCCUCGACUAGAUAAAGACGAGCAACACUAUCCAAAUCCAUUUGAACCGAAUGUCGAGGACGUAAUCAUGCAUAAUCUUGACUCUAAAACUGACACGUUAAUAACAUUAAAUCAUGACGUAAACGGAACUCAGUUUACAGACUUAGUCAACAAAAUAAACGAAUCCCACGGUGCUCAACAGACUGAAACGAGUCAUAAAGAGGAUGCUAGUACAGUUGACAUGAUGACCACUAUGACAACUACAUUAUUGAAUACACAGACAAACUUAGCGAUGACUAAGGAGCCAGUCGUUGAUGCCAAAGACCUUGAGGUACGACACUUCGAUGGCAUGAUUACAGGUGAAGUUAUGAAUGACAUGCACGUUGAGCAAGGUAAUGAUUCUAAUGCUAAUGAUGAUAGAUUACGCGAGAACAUUGGAAUAAAAGUUGCCGACGAUCCUGUGAAUAUUACGGCAAUGCUACAGGAAAGAGAACAAUCAGAUGAUCCGAUGAUAAAUAGUCAAUUAACAACUUUUGAUGAUGGAAAAUCUGUUCCGUUAAUUGAAAAAGAUGAUGAUAAAUCGGACUUACAUAAUAAAUUUGAAGAAAAUGCAGUUGAAGAUCAGUAUAAUGACAUUAUUGAAGAACGCAUUUCAAAAAAAAUUGAGAGUAGUGGGUUAAAGUCAUCGAAGAAAAAUUUAUUAGCCGUAGAGCCUAAAAUGAAGUCAACUACAGCAAAAAACAGUGAAACUACCGUAACAAUCGACAAUACAACUUUAGGAUCAAUCAGUGAUGUAGAUAGUGCGAAGCCACUUUUAAAAGUAACAACUGAAGAGACAGUGAAAGAUAAAAUAGACGAUAGUAGUAAAUUUACAACUGAGACUCCAAUAAUGCCUGUAGAAAUUCAACAAGAUAUUUCAACGACUGAGAUAACUGAAAAAGUAGAAUCGACAAUGAUGAGCAAUUUAGAUAAUAUUGUUACUAACGUACCAGAAACAACUACACCAAUGUCAUUGAUAGAGUCAAAAAUGACCACUAAUCAAACGCCAAUUAUGCCGAGCGAGUUUAUGACCACGGAAAUUAGUACAUCUGAAAAGAUGCCACAGACUCCUGAUUCAACAUCAGAAUCUACGGAAUCAACAACUGAAAGUAUGCAACAAGACAAAGAUAUAACAACUGAAGCUCCGAAAGUUUCUACUGUUGGUUUCGAUAACAUAAAACCUGUUUCUGAAUUAAUUUUUGAUGACCCAGAGCCAGAAAUGUAUGACCACUCGAAAUUUUUUACAACUACCGAACCAGCAUUGAUGGAUUACACAUUAAUGGAUAAAUUAGUGCCUGAAGAUCUUUCGGAAGAGUUAUUGAAAAUAAUUCCACUAGAUGCUGAUGACGUAACGGAAAAAGCAUUAAUGGAAACUACUAAAGUGCCAGAAAUGCAAGUGACGGAUACUACAGAUAUUUCAAUGUCGACAGUCGAACAAGAUAUGUCAUCUGUUCCAAGACUGAAAAUUGUUGAAAUAACUUCCGUUUCUCAGCCACCUCUGAUGCAGAAUCAUAGUUCGAUUAUAAACGCCACAACAGUUUCUCAAACUCAGCAAACCGAACAAAUGAACUCUCGCAUGAAUAAUCUUCCAAGCUCUCAUUCAACUCCGGAUGUGAUUCCCGUUCACGAAGCGAUCGAAGAUGAUGAAGAAAAUCCGAUGAUUAUUCCUUUCAGUAGGAUGAAAAAUAUUCAACCUUUGCUUAACGCAACAACGGAAGUUAAAGAAGAAAAAGAAGGUGAACAAAGCAAAGAAACUACAAUCCAUAAUAUUGUAUCUAGCACAGUUGCAACAAUUCAAACCUCUAGUCCAGAUGAAAAAUCAACAUCGAUGUUUAAAUUUUCAAAAUGUAACAUUGGGCAAUUUCAAUGUGUUAACGGAACAUCGCGAGACGGAGCUUAUUGUGUGAACUUAUCAUCGAAAUGUGACUCUGAAAACGACUGUUCUGAUGGUUCUGAUGAAUUAAACUGUGAAGAUGAAGGUUGUCCGGGUAACUUCCAGUGCAAAAGCGGCCAAUGUCUUGGUAGACAUCUUGUUUGCAAUGGAAUUGUUGAUUGUGAUGACCGCAGUGAUGAAUAUAAUUGCGAAGAAUGGGCUUGUCACUUUGACGAAUUCAAGUGUCCAAAUGGAAGAUGUAUUCCAGACCUCUGGCGCUGCAAUGGCCGACCAGAUUGUGAAGAUCACAGAGAUGAAUAUUCAUGCUCAAAGAGUUGUGGCAAUGAUGAGUAUUUGUGUCCAAGUGAAAACUGGUGCAUUCCACAAACAUGGCGUUGCAAUGGCGUAUCAGAGUGUGCGAAUGGCGAGGACGAAAAGCUUUGUGACUGUUCACUAGACCAAUUCAAGUGUCAGACUGGUGGCUGUGUUACUUUGGACCAGGUCUGCGAUGGGAUUGAACACUGUCCAGAUCGAUCAGAUGAGUGGAAUUGUUUACUAGCUAAUACGACAAAUUUGACUCAAAAAAAUUCAGACGAUGAUGAACGACUAGUACCUACUGGACAACCUAUGCUGUUGAAAAUUAAAAAGUUUGACAACAAACACUACCCGAUUUGCGCAGAUAAUUGGACCAAGAAUCACAGCGAUUUAUAUUGUAGAUUGCUUGGAUACUUUGGUUCUGAAACGACAGAAAGUGUUGAACAAAAUGAUUUAGUUAAGAUAUUGCGUUUGAAAGAAGUCAAAGAGAGUCAUUACCAAGAUACAACUAAUUUGAUAGCUGAGUUGGAGUUAUCAGAUAAUUGUCCAUCCAAGCAAUUCGUUAAAGUUUCCUGUCAAGAAUUCUCCUGUGGAUCUCUAGAUAAUGAAGGUCCGACAGCUCGAUUAGUCGGUGGGACACCAGCUGGUGAAGGACAGUGGUCCAGUGUUGCGUUAUUAAAAGAAAUUAAAAGUGGUACUGCGUGUACCGCAAGUGUAUUAGGGCCAAUGCAUGCAUUAGCCAGUUAUUCUUGCAUUCACAAACACAGACAAAGUAACAACUGGGAAAUUUACACUGGUCGUGAUCUUCAAAAGUCUACUCAAGUGAAAAAUAUUAUUCCGUACCCACAAGUUAAAUAUAAUCAAUUUUUAUACAACGAUGACAUUGCUUUAAUUCAACUUGAAGAACCACUUGUAUUUUCAAGAAAUGUAUCUGCUGUAUGUUUGCCCAAUCAGCAGUUCCAGCCUCGAGCUUUAUGUGUCACUGCUGGUUGGGGAUUCCCAUUGAAUGGAGAAAUUAAUUUGAAACUUAAAUUUUUACCAAUACCGAUUUACAAUUCCGAAGAAUGUAAUGCAACUAGUCAUUAUGCUGGAUUUAUUACUAAAAGUAAUAUUUGCGCAGGAUUCACUGGUGCUGACAAGGGAACUUGUUAUAAUGACGAAGGCGCACCAUUGAUGUGUGCAAGCGAAACCGGUCGUUGGGAAUUACAAGGUUUACUUAGCCAUCAUAGCAGAUGCUCAAGAGAUCACCCAGCUAUUUACUCGAGUCUUAGCCCAGCAAUCUCUUGGUUACAGCAUUCAAUUCCUGCUCUGCAGAAUCGAAUUCAAUAAUUAGAUUUUUAUACUUGAAAAAAAAAAAUAUGAUCAAAAGCAAAUAAUGCUUUUCUUUAAUUUUUCAUUCUAAGAAAUCAAUUUGUUAUUAUUAGUUGAUGAGAUAAACUGAUUUAUCUAAUGUCUUCCUCAUUAAAAAAAUUCUUCAUGAAUGAAGAGUAUGUAAAUAUUGUAUAAAGUAAAUUGUUUGAUAAGAUUACAGUUUUUUUCUAUGCAUAUACAAGAUUAUCGGGUCCAAUUAUUAGGUAUUUGAGUACAGGUUUAU